AUGGCUCACACUCAGCCGUCGCCGACGGGAGGCGUCACUCCUCACCAUGGUCACCUUGCGGCCCAUCCCCAGGUUAAUGGCCAUCUGCCAUUGCAGUCUCCUGCCCAAAAGGGACCCCCCCUCAGCACGGCUCAAAAAAUAGCUGCUCUGAAUGAGCAGGUCUGGCUUCAAAUUGGAAGCCUGACGGAGUUGAUGGGGGAGCUAGACGCUGCGAUGAACGCCUACGAACAAGCUCUGCGGCAUAACCAGUGGUCCAUCCCUGCCAUGAAUGCGAUUUCCUCGAUUUUGCGGACAAGGGAACAAUUUCCCAAGGCGAUUGAAUACCUCCAGAACAUUUUGAAGCUAGAUCCAACUAGCGGAGAAACAUGGGGGAGUUUGGGUCAUUGCCAUCUGAUGAUGGAUAACUUGCAGGAGGCCUACACCUCCUACCAGCAAGCUCUUUAUCACUUGCGCGAUCCUAAGGAACCUAAGCUUUGGUAUGGAAUCGGUAUUCUUUACGAUCGCUAUGGCUCUCUCGACCACGCCGAAGAAGCUUUCUCCCAGGUUAUGCGCAUGGCACCUGAGUUCGAGAAGGCCAACGAAAUCUACUUCCGCCUUGGAAUAAUCUAUAAACAGCAGCAGAAAUUUAGCCAGAGUCUGGAGUGCUUUAAAUACAUUGUCACUGAUCCUCCUCGUCCCUUGACGGAGGAAGAUAUUUGGUUCCAGAUUGGCCACGUCCAUGAGCAGCAGAAGGACUUUGAAUCUGCGCAACAAGCCUAUAGGCGCGUCUUGGACCGUGAUCCCAACCACGCGAAAGUGCUGCAACAGCUCGGAUGGUUGCACCACCAACAAAGCAACAGCUAUGCAAGCCAAGAGAAAGCUAUCGAGUACCUGGAGAAGUCCGUUAGCGCAGAUAACACCGAUGCCCAGAGUUGGUAUCUCCUCGGUCGCUGCUAUAUGUCCCAAGCCAAAUACCCCAAGGCGUACGAGGCUUACCAGCAAGCUGUCUAUCGUGAUGGACGCAACCCAACCUUCUGGUGCUCGAUUGGUGUCCUGUAUUAUCAGAUUAACCAAUAUCGUGAUGCGCUGGAUGCUUACUCUCGUGCCAUCCGUUUGAAUCCAUACAUUUCUGAGGUCUGGUAUGACUUGGGAACCUUGUAUGAAUCUUGCAACAACCAAAUCACUGAUGCUCUCGAUGCCUACGGUCGCGCUGCCGAUUUGGAUCCCACCAACGUGCAUAUUAAAGCACGCCUGCAACUACUCCAAAGCCAGCUUUCUGGCUCUGGUCAAACUAAUGGCCCCGCUCCUCAACCCCAGGACGUUCAUCCUCAAGCCUAUCAGGCUCCUGGUGUCGGGGCUCCUCCCGCACCCCAGUGGGGGGCCCCAGCCCCAACUGGAGGACCUCCUCCCCAGCCACCAGCUCCUCCCAGACAAAUUGCUGACUGGAACCGUGGUAUCAACGAUAUCCAGUCUCAGGGCCAGGCCCAAGCAGCGAACGGAUUUGACCACCGCGAUGCUACCCGCCCUGGCGCUAUUCAGCAACCAAGCCCCCGCCAGGAACCAGGUCGAGGAUUCCCUGAUGCUGUUCGUCCUCAACCCGCAGCCCGCUCCCCUAAGCCUGGUCUUGCAGGCCCUUACCCCCCUGGUCAUACUCUUCCCCAGUUGGCGAAUCCUCCCCCCCCAUCUCAUGAUCGGGCUCCUGGUGGCGCUGGCUUUGGUUCUGCUAAUCGCAGCGCCUUGCCGCCUGCUGGACCCCCUCCACCCGGCCCGGGCGCCCCCAAUGGUGCACCUAAUUCUGCUGGUCCUAUGCCUCCUUAUCACCGCCCGUUCACUCCGCCCACUGAGAUCCGACCAAUUCGCGAAGACCGACCUUCCUCCCCCGGAUCCACUUAUCCCCACCAGCAGUAUCACCACGGUCCUAGUGUCCCGGCCCAGGGAUCUAGCAGCACAGGUAUUGCCAGUGGAGCGCCUCCACCAGCUUCUGCCGUCGCUGCGGCCGAGGCUGCUGCUCGCGAGCGUGAAGAUCGCCCAGCUUCGGCUAUGAAGCGGGGCCGCGAAUGGGAGGCUGAGUCUGGUCCCUCCAAGAAGAUCGCGAGCGAGGAAAAUCGCUCCCGACUUGAUGACCAGAUCUCGCGUCGUGUCACCCCUCCGAACCGUCUUCCUUCUCCUGGGGAGAUGCGACGUCGCAGCUCGUCCGAAAUUCGACGUGAGGAUCAACGCCGUGUCAACGAAAGCUACCAUCCUUCUGAAGCCGCACAUCACCCUCCAACACUGCCCUCUAUUCAGCACAUGCCUCAGCAUCCCUCUGGAUCUAGCCUCCCCCCCAUGGCUGAAAGUGCGCCUGCGUCAUCGAACGGUCCUUCUACUGCACCACCGGCUUCCCAAGUCCAGGUUCAGGUUAAGGAGGAGCCUGCUCGCGGCGAACAGGCCCCUGCACAUGAGCCUGCGGCGCGAAAAAUGGAUGUGGAUGAAAAUUACGACGAUGACGGUGAUGACGAAAAGAGAGCCAACCCCGCUGUGAAGGGUAGUCCGCAUGGUAGUGGUUCAGGCAGUGCCAACGGCAAUAGCAAUGGGGUUAUUAAUAGCAGUAACCAGGCAUCGCAGUCCAAGGAGUCUGCUAUUUAA